GAAGCCUUAACCUUCACAGGCAAUGAAACACAUGGAUUCCAGGGUUACGAAAAAGGCUUACAUUGAACUGAAUUUGCCGGUUUUACGCUAAAACUCAACACUACGUGGAUUUAGUAUCGUUUUUUGGUCUUCAUGUGGACGUCGCUUGGUAUCCAACGAUGAGGUUCCCCUGUCUGUUUGCUACCAGAGGAUGUAGAGCGGUUUACAGACUCCAUCAAAAGCAGUUUUUAUCGCCGGUUCCACCUCUCUGGGAACAUCGGAGCAGCGCUGCUUUGAGCACUCAGCUAUGCAAAGAUGACAGAAGUUACUAUAUAACGACUCCCAUCUUCUAUGUCAACGCUUCACCUCAUUUAGGACACCUUUACUCAGCUGUCUUAGCAGACUGCUUACACAGGUACAAACUACUGCAGGGAUUUAACUCAAAGUUUGCAACAGGCACUGAUGAACAUGGCUUGAAAAUCCAACAAGCUGCUGAAGCUGCAGGAAAAGAUCCCCUGACCUUCUGCACGGGUGUGUCCAAGCAGUUCAGACAUCUCUUCAGCAGCUGCAACAUAUCGUACACAGACUACAUAAGAACCACCGAGCAGAGACACCGUGAGGCUGUGGAGCAUUUCUGGUCGGUGCUGUGGAACAAAGGGCUCAUCUACAAGGGGAGUUACGAAGGCUGGUACUCCACGCAAGAUGAAAGCUUUCUUAUGCCCUCUCAAGUCGGUGAUGCUUUGGACUCAUUAGGGAAGGAGAUCAAAGUGUCGCUGGAGAGUGGACACAAGGUGGAGUGGAUGAAAGAGGAGAACUAUAUGUUUCGCUUGUCUGCGUUUCAAUCUCAGCUGCUUGACUGGCUCAGAGGAAAUCCUCAGGCUAUCCAGCCUGAGCGUUUUCACCAGGCCGUACUUAAGUGGUUGCAGGAAGACCUUCCCGACCUCUCGGUGUCCCGUCAGAGAAGCCGUCUUCAGUGGGGGAUCCCAGUCCCCGGAGAUGAUGAACAGACUAUCUACGUAUGGCUAGAUGCUCUGGUGAACUACCUCACAGUAGCUGGAUAUCCAGAUAAACACAACCAAUGGUGGCAUGUGGCCCGCCAUGUUAUAGGAAAGGACAUCCUAAAAUUUCACGCCAUCUACUGGCCAGCUUUUCUCCUAGGAGCUGGGCUGCCACUGCCACAGGUGAUUCAUGUGCACUCCCACUGGACAGUAGGAGGAAAGAAGAUGUCUAAAAGUUUGGGCAAUGUGGUCGAUCCUCUUGAACGCUCACGAAUGUUUACAGCUGACGGUAUGAGAUACUUCCUCCUGCGUCAGGGUGUUCCUGACUCGGACUGUGAUUACACAGAUGACAAAGUUGCCAAGCUGCUCAACGCUGAGCUCGCAGACUCUCUGGGUGGUUUGCUUAACCGCUGCACGGCACCAGCUCUCAACCCAGCUCAGGUCUACCCGUCUUUCUGUCCUCAGUCCUUCCCCAGAGCACACGGAGGCAGAGCUGUGCAUGAAGACUACCACAUGUUGGAUGCUAUACAGAAACUCCCAGCUGUGGUGGAAAAGCACUAUGAGACUAUGCAUAUAUACAAAGCUCUGGAGGCCAUCAGUGCCUGUGUGAGGCUCACCAAUGGGUUUGUCCAGCGCCACACACCCUGGAAACUGGAUAGGAAAAACAAUGAAGACCAGCGCUGGGUAGACACCAUCAUUCAUAUCUCUCUUGAGUGUCUGAGGAUAUAUGGCACACUUCUCCAGCCGAUUGUGCCAGAGACUUCUAACAAAUUGCUGUCACGACUUGGGGUGCAACCGCAUGAGAGGAGCUGGGCAGGUCUGAACUUCCUGGCGAGGUACCAAGGAAUGGACUGUCCUUUUGAAGGAAGAGCACUAGGAUCUGACAGCGGGGUGCUGUUCAGUCGCUUGGAACCUCAUAAUGCCGACAAACAAAAACCUAAGAAAACAAAAAAGUCUGCAAAUUUGAAAUGAGGAUGGUGUGGGUUUGUUUUUUAAUGUAAGUGUGAGAGUUGUCACACACGCAUCGCAACCAUGAACCUUUUCCUCAGUGGUGGGUGUGAGAACCCAAAGAUCUAACUCAGUCACACCGCACAUUAGUAUAAGGGUUUAUAUCUGAUUGCGCUUGCACCAAAGUACUUAAGUGCAUUCACUGCUAGCUGCACUUUAUACUGCAGCACAUUUGCUCAAACCAAGCAGAGUAUUUCCAGUAGUGAGAAUAUAUCUGAAGUCAUUUCUUGUCGAGUGCUAUGUGUCAGAAAGGACAUCGGUCUCAUUCGGAUUCCAAAAAUCUACAGUUCCUGUCUGAAAACAGCUGAAGCCUUCGUUUUAAUAUCAUCACUCUGAACCGAAUUGAGCCAUAAUUUAACAUCUUUUUAUUCUGUUGGAUGUCAAACUGUCUGGAUUGAAACUCUAUUCUAAACAGUGUUAACCUGAAAUGAAAACACCUGUAUAGUUACGUGUAUACAGGGUCUUUACACGUUGCUGUUUGUAUUUCUCAGUGUUGAAAUUUUUUUUGAAAACUCCAAGAUUAGUUGUACUGAAAAAAACAUUAAAUACUACAUAUUUAAUAGCUG